AUGUCGCUGCCCCCGCUUGCCUUUUACCUGGGUGCACUCCUGGCCCAGCCCGUGUUCUCCCAGGAAGCCGCACUCGACGUAGACUUAGGCUACGCCGUGUACCGCGGCGCCCACAACGCCACCGCCCGUCUCAAUUCGUGGAAGGGCAUCCGCUUCGCCGCCCCGCCCGUCGGCGCGCUCCGAUGGCAGGCCCCCGCCGCCCCCGCAACCACCGCGAGCGUGGUCGUCGCCGACGCUUUUGGCCCGAGCUGUCCGCAGGCUCUGCCAUAUUUAGGUCGUCAAUCUGCUUUUGUCCCCGGUGAUGAAGAUUGCCUCUUCUUGAACGUUUUUGCCCCGGAGGAUGCCUUGCAGGGCUCGCCGCUGCCGGUAUUCGUUUCCAUCCACGGCGGUGGGUACGGGCUGGGAAGCUCCAACUAUGACGUGACGGGGCUAAUGAACACAAAUGGAAAUUCCUUUGUUUCGGUCACGAUACAAUACAGGCUCGGGGCUUUCGGCUUUCUCUCCUCCGCCGAGGUCAAGCAACGCGGAGUCCUCAACGCAGGCUUCCUCGACCAAAAGUACGCCCUGGAGUGGGUGCAAGAGCACAUCUCCAAGUUUGGCGGCGACCCAGAGAGGGUAACCAUCGCCGGAGAAUCAGCAGGUGGCGGGUCCAUCCUGAUGCACGCGAUUGCCGAGGACGGCGCGCUCGGGACGAGCCUCUUCAAGAACAUUAUCGCGGGGUCGCCGUGGAUCCCCACGCAGCCGUGGUACGACGAUGCGACGCCAACGAGACACUAUGAGCGCCUAGCUGAAGCGUUGGGCUGCGAGGGUGACGAGGUGUUUGACUGUCUUGUCGAAGCCGAUAGCCUAGCUAUCCAAAGAGCGGCCAAUACCAUCUCGUCAACACCACCGACAUUCUACGGAAACUGGGCCUUUGUACCGGUCAUCGAUGGCGACUAUGUGACUGGGCCACCGAGUGUGGUCAUGUCAGAAUUGAAGGGCAAAGUCAAUGGCGAGAGAAUAUUGAUUGGGAACAACGCGAACGAAGGCCUAGCACUAAUUCCGACCAUCAACACGCAAGACGAGCUCGAGGAGUGGAUCAGGGGCAAUUGGGCGAAUCUAUCGGAUAAAAAUAUCACCGCCCUGCUAGAGGCGUACGCCAGCUCGCCAGACCCCGUGGAUCCAAACGCUGUUCGUUUCGAUACGGACGGGUUCGGGCCCGCUACCGCCGUGAAUGUUAGCCAGGCCGCCACUGGUCAGCAGCAGCGUGCCUACAACAUUGGCGCAGAGGGUGCUGUAGACUGCAUUGGCUACUGGCUAGCCUCUGCAUUUACAAGUGAGGACAAGGCGGCGUGGUAUUACCAGUAUUCCAUUCCCUUUGCAGCCCAUGCUGCAGACUUGACGGCCUACUAUGAUCAGCCGACGGUAAAUCAAGGUCCAGAUUUUGUGAACGCGUUUAGAAAGAUUUACGGCAACUUCAUCGUCUGGGAUAACCCAUCCAUCCCUCCGCAGGAUGCGCACGGCGAGUCAUCUAGCGAGCUUCAAGGAGCCGAGCAUCCAGCCAGCGACUGGCCUGCGUGGAGCGACCAAGACCCUGUGAUGCUCAACAUGAACCAGACGGGGGCGUGGCUUACUCGACCUACGCACGCACCCGAAGGCUGGGAGGACGCCGCGCCCGGCGACAUCCUCCGGACGCGUCCCGAGGGCCUCGCCGACUGCCCGAUCCCCUACUGCGCGGGAACCUACCAGUUCCUCUACCGAAGCAGCGACACGCACGGCGACCCCUCGUGGGCCGUAGCCACCGUCUUCUACUCCAACGUCACGGCCCCUGGGUGCGCCGCCGACCCCGCCGACGACGAGGACUGCGUGCAGGGCGUGGUCACAUACGACGCCGCGUACGACAGCUCCAGCCUGGACGGCAGCCCGAGCUACACGCUGCAGUGGGGCGACCCGUACGGCGAGAUGGUGGACAUGCUGAAGCGCGCCUACUUCGUCAUGCUCCCGGACCACGAGGGCCCCCUGGCCGCGUACUGCGCGGGCCCACAGGCGGCGCACGCCACGCUCGACGCGAUCCGCGGCAUCAAGCAUAUCGGCGGGGAGCGGGGCGCCUUCGCGGCGGGGAUCACGGCGGAGUUGGCCGCCGAGUACGCGCCCGAGCUGGAGCUCGCGGGCGCCAUCGUGGGAGGCACGACGCCCAACAUCACGAGCGCGUUCCUUCGCAUGAACGGGCAGCCGACGGCGGGGCUGCUGGCUGAGGACGGAAGGGCCGUACAACGCGACGGGGUUCUUUCGCGCUACGCAGUUCCGUCGUUUUACGUGCUCAUCGGCUACGCGGGGCAAAAUGUGUACGAUUACUUUGAAAACGGCGAGGACGACGUGAUGCAAGGCCCCAUCCGGGAACUCUUUGAUACGGAGGGUGCGAUGGGUAUCCAUGGGAUCCCUAACAUGCCCGUCUUCUACCACAAGGCCGAGGUGGACGAGAUGAGCCCCAUUGAGGAGACGGACGUGAUGGUGCAGCACUUUUGCGAUCACGGUGCCAAUAUCUUGUAUCACCGCAACGAGCUAGGUGACCAUAACAAGGAGUUAUGGGCGGGGCGAUUGAGGGCGCUGGAUUUCAUCGGCAAGGUCACGUAUGGUGUGGGCGAGAUCGAGAUACCGGAGACGGGGUGCUUGUGGCAGAACGUGACGGUGGAUUUGCCCGACUGGGAUGAGAUCGCGACUGGUCGUGCCGUGAGGGGUGUCGCUCCCCAGCUGCCUGAGGAGCCUGAAGAGCCUGUCGAGGAGGAGCCGCCCAAGCCGAAAAAGUGUGUGAAGAAGCGCCGGGCUGGAUAA